AUGAGGCUCCCCGGAAGGAACAGAUCGGGGACAAACACACCCGCCGAGCCCGCUUGUUUGGAGGCACAGAAAUGGAUAGAGGCUGUUACUGGGAAGAGCUUUGGAGACCAGGACUUCCGCAGCGGAUUGGAGAACGGCAUCCUGCUAUGCGAGCUGCUGAGUGCAAUCAAACCAGGACUGGUCAAGAAGAUCAACAGACUGCCCACCCCCAUCGCCGGACUGGACAACCUGUCAGUGUUUCUGCGCGGCUGCGAGGAGCUGGGCCUGAGGGGCUCCCAGCUGUUUGACCCCGGGGACCUGCAAGACACUUCCAUUCGAGCUAACCUCAAGGACUCUGACUGCAACCGCAAAAUUAAAAACGUGCUGAACACCGUGUUCUGGCUCGGGAAGGCUGCCAGCGGCUGCGCCUCCUUCAGCGGCCCCACUCUCAACCUCAAGGAGUUUGAAGGGCUUCUCGCUCAAAUGAAGGUGGAGUGUGAGGAAGGAGGCGACAGUUCACUGAAGCGCAGCGUCAGGGACAGCGGCUACGACUGCUGGGACUCUGAGAGGAGCGAUUCUCUGUCUCCACCACGACACACUCGCGACAACUCCUUAGACAGUCUGGACUCCUUUGGCUCUCGCUCACAGCACAGCCCUUCUCCUGAUGUGGUGAAUCGAGGCAGCGCCGAUGGGCGAGGCAGCGACUCGGAAGCCGAUGGUUCCAGCAGGAGGCCAGAUGUGCGGAAGGACGACAUGCUGGCCAGACGGACUGCCAGUGGUGAUUCCAGAAUCUCCGUCCCCUUUAACCAGUUUCUCCCCAACCGAACCAACGCCAGCUCCUACAUCCCGACUGCGCGCCGAAGACCACACACGGAGGAAGGAGAGCAGCGCCGUCACCCUCGAGCCCCGUCAGAGCCGUUCAAGAGAACCGGACUUCUCCACAAAACUCCCAAGACUGUCACCUGGGCCGCUGACAGUACUGGAGAAGAAGUCAAACAGGAAGAGGAGAAGGGGAAUCAGGAGGCGUUGCAGCAGAAGAGGCUGAUGAUGUUGGAGAAGGCAGGAGUCAAAGUUCUGCCUGCUGCCGUUUGCUACGGCAGCCCUUCCACACCGGAGGGACAGGAAGUGAGGCCGCCGUCCCCGAACAUCAUCCUUCGCUGCGAAAAUGACUUUUUAAGCUCCCAGAAAUCGGCGUGGGACUCCUCCUCCUCGGAUGUGGACGAGGAGGCCGAGGUGCGCAAAGUUCCGGAUGUCCGUAGAGACGACCUGGCAUCCAGGCGGGCCCACCGCGGCCCCGUCGCUCCCAAGGUGCAUCAGUUUGUCCCUGCGCCCGCAUGCAGCAGCAAAGACCGGGAGCGCUGGGAAGGCAUUAGACGAUCCUCGCAGCAAAAGGAGAAGGAGAUCAGUGGGAAAGACGCGGUGCCUGACAUCACCACACGCAGGGACAACCCCUUCCUAAACUCGGCGUCUCGCCUUGAGGACGAGGAGGAUGGGGAGGAAGAGGGAGGAGAGGGGAAAGCUAAGGCCACGCCGAACAAGCAGAAGGAUGACUUGGCCCGUAGGCGGGGUCAGAGUAAGCCCCUCCCUCAAAGGGACGGGCCGGCGAGCUUGGUUUCUGCCUCCAUGAGCGAGGCAGAUAUGCAGAAGUGGCAAAGACUCAAGAUGACUGAACCAAGCGAGGCUAGCCCGGCCUCUGUGUGUCAGGCUUGUCUGGAGAAAAGUUAUGGGAGUCCCUUCAGCGGAUCAGCAAUGGCAGGACGAGGUCACUGCAAAGUUGUGACCUUUGGGGGCGUGACUGAGAUCGAACAGCCAAUAGACACGGUCACGUCAAGUGAAGGGGCGGAGACGGAGUUGCUAAGACGACUCCUUUCCAAGGCAACUGUAGCCAUGCCUACCAUUGGCCUGGGCGCCCAGCUUUCAGAGCGGGGACGCAGCCAGGUAGAUGGAGCCGACCUCAACCGAACCACACCUCCGUCGUCUGACCUCCCAUUCUGCACCCCUGAAACCCCGUCUACUCUCGCUGAGCCGGACGCACGUCUGGGUCAAUAUGAGCUGAGAAGAGACGAGGAAGAUGACGAGGAAGAGGACAAGUGUCCGGAUCCUCAGAAAGACGACAUGAUGGCGAGGAGGACAGGAGUUUUCCAUAAACAAAGCAGCGCCACAGCGACUUACAACCGCUUCCUGCCCCUGCCCAGCGCCAAGCGCUGCACGCCAGGGGAGGUCGCCACCGACGCUGCUCCCAGGAACAAAAGGGACGUGCAGGCAGACAGGAGCAAGAAGCUGAACGUCAGAGAGGAGCGACAGCCGCCCAGCGUUCCCAUGGAAACGCCUCCACUUCAGCCCGACACGACUGUGACCCGAGCAACGUCUUGCGGCGGAUUGGAAAGCGAAGAUGACGAGGACGAACAUGAUGAAAAUGAGCCUGCGCCUGACCUGGAGAAGGACGACAUGAUGGCUCGGAGGACCGGGUCGUUCCAAAAAACAAGUUCAAAUGUGCCCAUCAACCGGUUCCUGCCGGUCCCUGGACAGGUUAAAUAUACCAUCGCCCCAGUGUCGCCAAUGAAGCCAUUACACAACAGACCUAAAUUCACAGAGAAGAUGGCUAGUGGAAGCAUCGUUAUCGUGGCGGCGGAACCUCAGGCUCCGCCCUCUGAAGCCCCAACCCUCUCUAAGGAGGAGGACGCAACGCACGAGGGAGGCAUGACAACCCCUCACUGCUACGUCACAGACGUGACGGAGCCCCCUUCCUCUCCGCCGCUCAACCCUCCGUCACGGCCCGCGCCAGCCCGGAUUUGUAAAGUGGCGGCGGAGCCGGAAAGGCCGAGUGUGCAGGAAAGGGUUGAGGGGAGAAUGAAGGACGUAAACGGGGAGCCGCGAAGGAAAGCCUUCUGGCUGGAUGACGAUGAUCUGCCUCCCAUCAUGAUGAGUCGGCGUGUUGCUUUUAUGUCUGAGGACACAGAGAGCGUGAGCAUGAGCGACAUACUCAACGAGGAGGAGGUGGAACACUUACCGCCACUGAGCCAAUCCCGAAAUGAGCGAAUGCACGAACCGUACAACAACUUUGAGGAGGAUGACGACCACUGGCAAAACGACUUGGCCCGUUGGAAGAAUCGGCGUCGCAGCGCGUCGCAGGAACUGAUUAAGAAAGAAGAAGAGAGGAAGAGGAUUGAGAAGAGGAUGAAGGAGGAGGGAGGUGACGGCAAUAAGAGGAAAAGCAUUAAGACCUACAAGGAGAUCGUGGAGGAGAAGGAGCGCAGAGAGGCCGAGUUGUGCGACGCCUACAGGAACGCUGCGUCUCCGGAGGAGGCCGCCAUGGUUCUGCAGCGCUACGCUCUCCGCUUCACCAUCAGCGACGCGACACUGGACAGUCUGAAGCUGCCCAGAUCCAAACAGGACCUUCACCGGGCGGACAAGGAGCACGGGACGUCCCCCACCGCCAGUGAGACCCGGAGACCUCCGCACACGCCAGAACCGCCUGUCACAAAACCACAGAGGCACCGCAGGCCGGAAGCGAGUGAGACAAAUGUGAGAGGCCAAACAAGAGCCCUCCGCUCCCGUCUCCUGCGGUCCCCCAGCGGCCGGCGGCCCGCUCACAGACUCAGAGAGUUUGCCCGCGCAGUCACUAGAACCAACGGAACCUGGAUCCAAGCCGCCGCCGCCGCCGCCCACCACGCCACAAACACAGCCGACAGCGGGAGACGCUCAAACCGGAGCCAGUGGGAUUGCGCCUGUGCAGCCUUCCGGCACACAGCCAGGACACGGGCUCCCCUCCCCUCCGUCUGUAGCCAGCAGACCCGUCCCCCUGCUGGCAGCCAAGCCCUACUGCCCCCCUCCUGCACACAAAGCAGUCAAGAUGGAUGGUUUGGUGCGAGUGAAUGGAGAGGUGACGGAGGAUUUAUCUGUUUCCACUCCACCCACCUCUGCUCGUCAGUCACCGCCGGAGGUCAAGGACAAUCCAUCAAAGACGACGGAGAAGACGUUUCCUCUGAGGAGACAGUGAAGGACGUUCCCUUAGAGAAGACACAGAAAGACGUUCCCUUAGAGAAGACAGUAAAAGACGUUCCCUUAGAGAAGACACAGGCAGACGUUCCCUUAGAGAAGACAGUGAAGGACGCUCCCUUAGAGAAGACACAGGCAGACGUUCCCUUACAGAAGACAGUAGAAGACGUUCCCUUAGAGAAGACACAGGCAGACGUUCCCUUAGACAAGACAGUAAAAGACGUUCCCUUAGAGAAGACACAGGUAGGCGUUCCCUUAGAGAAGACAGUGAAGGACGCUCCCUUAGAGAGGACACAGAAAGACGUUCCCUUAGAGAAGACAGUAAAAGACGUUCCCUUAGAGAAGACACAGGUAGACGUUCCCUUAGAGAAGACAGUGAAGGACGCUCCCUUAGAGAAGACACAGAAAGACGUUCCCUUAGAGAAGACAAAGGCAGACGUUCCCUUAGACAAGACAGUAAAAGACGUUCCCUUAGAGAAGACAGUGAAAGACGUUCCCUUAGAGAAGACAGUGAAAGACGUUCCCUUAGAGAAGACACAGGCAGACGUUCCCUUAGAGAAGACACUUGAAAAUCUUUCCUCAGAGCCAUUAGAACAGACAGAGAAAGACUUUCCCGCCAAACAUUCGGAGAAAGAUGUCCUCUCCGAACAUAUUCCGGCCUAUCGGGAGACACUGGAGCAGACGGCGCCUCCACAGACAGAGAGGCCGACCACGUCUCUCGGCUCUGCCAUCAGCUCCCUGAUCGGAGGCCGAAACUGUACCAUCACAACAACCAUUGUGACGGAGCUCACCCACGUGGAGCCACAUCAGCCGGACAUCCAAAUCGAUGCACAGGUCAUCAGUACUUCUGGCUUAUCUGAGAGUCAAGUGGAGGAAAAAAAAGCUCCGGCAGCUUCAUCGCCGAGCAGCAUGCAGGAGUGUUCUCCCACAAUCACAGCCACAGAGGGACCGGAGGAGAGCAGCGGGACUAUUGAGACCCCCAUGUUGAACUUGGCUAAACGUGUUAAUCACUGGGUCUGGGACCCCAAUGAAGAACGUAAACGCCUGGAAAGUUGGCAACAGGAGCAGGAGCGCCUCCUACAGGAGCAAUACCAGAGAGAACAGCAGAAGCUGAAGCAGGAGUGGGAGAAAGCCCAGGUAGAAGUGCAGGAGGAGGAGAGGAAACACAACGAAGAGGAGAGGAGGAUCCUAGAGGAGACCGGGACGCCCUUAAGUCCAUCGGGUUUGUUAAGCCAGCAGACGGGGACGACUGCACCGCCUCCAGGAAACAACGAGACCGAAAAAUGUAAAGUGACUCCGCAACAAAAUGGCCAAAGAACCUCCGCAGGGAGCGAGGAUCAGCAUGCAUCCAAGCUGCACUUUUUCCAGGAUUGUGCAUUUGAUGGUGAACCUCUAAAGAAACAAGAACUGUGGAAAACGGCCUCUCUGGACCGCAACCCUCAGCUGAACCCGGAACAUGUUGCUAAAAGAUCUGAAUCACACGACGCCGUGACUAACAAACAGCAGCCCUCUCCUUCCUCACCUCAGCCUCCCUCACCCAGCAGAUGUGUUAGUGGGAAGAGACUAUGUUCUGGAUGUUCUCAACAACUGGAAAAGGGAGCUGCCAUGAUCAUCGAUACACUGGGACUGUUUUUCCACAUACAGUGUUUCAAGUGUGGCGUGUGUCACGGGCAGCUCGGUGACGCCACCGCCGGGACUGAUGUACGAAUUCGAAAUGGACUGCUGAGCUGCCAUGAGUGCUACAUUGCAUCUCGGGGCAGAGGUCAGCCCACCACACUAUGAUGACCUGUGUUUGAACUGGACCCCCCCAGCCCCGCCCCUAUUGUCACUUGAUUGGACGAAGAAGAAUUUCUUUCCCUUCUGAAAUGCACAAACAGCUCUAUGGUUUAGAAAGCAAAAACUGGACUAAUAUGUGGACUGAGUGAGCAUCAUCACAUGCGCAUACAGUACAGUGUGUGUGCUUAGUAACUGUACACAUGUAUACACUUUAACAUUUAAAUAUGUGUAGCAUGGAUUUAAUCAAUAAAUCAGUGUGUUUAGAUCUUAGCACACCGUUACAUAGCCGGUUAAGACGCUAGAAUAAGGCUCAGUUCUUUCACAAGCUUAACAUCUUUUGCUAAAAGCUGAACCACCAUCAGUCUCAAAAUCUUGAUCCACUAUCCUCUGCUUCCACACUGAUCACAUGACUGGUUCGGGUUGGAUAACCUGAAGUAGCUUGACCAUCAUAAUGCCUUACACAUCAUCGUCAUACCUUCUCACUCUUCUUUGUGUUUUGUGUUUACAGUUUUGCAUGAAAGAAGACCAUAUAUAAGUUAUUGUGGGUAUUGCUCGGAUGCGGUAGUGUGAGUUUGACGUACGUCGUUGCUAUGAUCUCAACAGCUGAACUCUAACUUUACUCUUGUAUGUUGUACAUCGUCAUCCUGAUAUUUCUGAAUUGUUAUGUGAAUCUGGUUGACUCACACAAGCUUUUUUCUUUUCAAUUAAUUUUACCGGAAUAAGGAUGCAUGUUAAUAGUGAUAUACUUGUUGUUCUUUGGGCUUUGAAUAUUUUUCCUUUAGAAGGUUUUAGCCAUUGUUUAUUCCCAUAGACUGACUGCAUACGAAUCAGUGCCUUAUGUAAAGAAUGCGAGGCUGGUGUAUGUCGAGGAGUAAUUUCAACCUCACACGGACCUCUGGGUCUCGGCACACGUGCGGUUGUGUGUGUGCGUGUGUGUGUGUGUGUGUGUGUGUGUGUAAGAAAUCAUGCAUGUAUAGGUUUGUCAGCAAUGUGUAAUUUGACUUGAAGCACAGUUCCAUACCAGCAAAUAACAUUGGAAAUGGAUUUCCUUAUCACCUGCUGUUCUCUUCCACCCCCUUCCAUGAGCUAAACCAAUGACACAAAGUGAUUUGCUGCUUCCCCGGGUUAAUUAUUCCCCAGUGUAAGGACAGUUUCACAAUGUCCUAUAAUCUCUCCUCGCCUGCCUCUAUCACAAGUGUUGCCUCCCCAGAGUCUGAGCUGAAUGUCUCUGUCCUUUGUGUGUCGUUGCCUCUAUGUGAAAACCUGACAGCGUCUUCAUCAUUUAGAGGAAUAGAGCGCUCAGUCCAUUGUCUUUUAUAGCAAGUGUAUGUUUAUCAAUAAAAUAUUUUGAAUGGGA